AUGCUACUAGUUGCUUUUUUAUAUCAUUCUGCUCUUGUGAAUAGUAAGCCAAUCAUUCCAAUCAAAGAUUAUAAUGUGAAAAGGAAAGUAAUAUAUACACCGGAUGCGCCAGUACCUGUAGCACCAUUUAAUCAAGCUAUUCAAAUAAAUUAUAUGUUAUAUCUCGCUGGACAAAUUGGCAUAGAUCCAAAAACUGGUCAUAUGAUAUCAGAUAAUGUUUCCAGUCAGACGUAUCAAGUGUUGAAAAACCUAGCCGCAGUGUUACAUGCUGCUGAAUCUUCAGUUGAUCAAUUAGCUCAUUGUCUUAUUAUGCUUACAAAUAUUGAAGAAGAUUAUAAAAUAGUUAAUCAAAUUUAUUCACAAUGGUUCAAAUCACCUGAAUUUUAUCCUGCAAGAUCAUCAAUCGGUGUCGUCAAAUUGCCAUUUGGUGCCAAAGUAGCGAUUGAAUGUCAAGCGUAUACAACUAAAGAAACCUAA